AUGUCUUCAGAAGAAAAUAAGAGUAUGUAUAUCAGAAUAUAGAUAAUAUGUAGUGUUUUUAAAUACAUCAGUUUUUAGAAUUAAUAUAAUUAUAUAUAGCAAAUAUUAAUAUUACUAAUAUAUAAAGUAUGAUGUCAUAUUCUGCCAUUGCAGUGAAUUGAUAAUAUACCAAAUGCCUGUUUGCAUUACAUGUAAUACACAUUUUGGAUAAAGUCAUAUUUUCAUUUGGCAUUUUCUGCAAUACACAGAAUUAUUUUAACGAGAGGAAAUUGAAAGUGAUAAAUCAUAAAUGUACCUCCCACACACUUAAGGCUUCCUGUUUUGUGAAGCCUUGCUAUUUAUAAUAAGCAAGAAGCUGUAGAUGUUGUAGACAACCAUCUUGUCGGUAUUGUAAUACCAAGUACAUGCAGCAACCGAUUCAAAAUUAUUUAAAGGUAGCUGGGUACAUGCAAUCUGUAUGUAAACAAAGCCUUUACAUUUCAGAAUUCAAAAUAUUGAACUUUAAUUUGACAACUAUUUAUAUUUUCAUGCUUCUACAGUAUAAUAAAUGAUCAAGAUACAACAAUCAGGCUUUGCAAGAAUAUAAAGUUAAAUAAAAACCUAAUUAUAAAGUGUUUAUAUCACGGCAGGAGACUCCUAUGUGCGCAUGCGCAGACCUAGCCUGCGUGGCAGGCCUAUAGGAUAGCGCAGACCGGACUGUACCCUAUCUUUAAGGGACUCAACCCCCCUGCCAAUGACAGCUAUGAUGCUGGACAAAAUAUCUAUAGUCCUUGCAAUUUUCGGCGGCAAAAGGCAAGUGUUUUGUAAACACUUUUAGUUUUGUGACUUAUUUUAAAAUACAUCUAAAGUUAUGAUAUACUUCUUGUAUAAACUUUAAGUUCAAACAUACAUACAAUCUUAGAACAACGUCCGUAGUGUAACAAAGUUAAAACUAACAGUGUGAAACAAGGUUUCCUUGAAUAUCAAACACUUUUAAUUGGUAGAAUCAAGAGAAUACUAAAUAUAAAAUAAUACUAAUACUAAAUAUGACAAAAAAUUGCUCCCGAACUGCCGCCGAACUUCGAAAUAUCAGCGGCAAUUUUCUGCCGCCGAAUAUUUAUCAAAAUUGCGAGGACUGUAUCUAUGAGCAAGAAAUAAUCAAAGUGUUGUUUGGAAUUAUUUAGAUGAAGGAAGUGCAGAGGAUAGCACAGCUGGUGCCACUGGGGAGUCGGAUGAAAAAAGUUCAAGUGAUGGUACAUGAUGAUAAACCAAUUACAGUCAAAUCUCUCAUUAUAGCAAGAGUGAAAAUCUAUUGCAAAAAGUGGGGUUGGGAGGUUGGAGCUGGCCAGAAACAUCGUACUCCCCCACAGAGGAAAUUGGAUGUUAAGCCCCCUACCCCCUUUAGAUGUCUUAAUACACUUACCAGAAAUACAUUUUUCUCCCCUCCCCCUAUGGGCAAUAGAAAUUUUUCUCCAUGGGGGCGUGGAUCUUUUCAGCAGGAAUGACCCAGUAUGAAUUAAUUAUAUUAUGAAUGUCCCAAAAGUGAGGGGCGCAUCCCCCAUCCCCCUCCAGGAUUUUCACCCAUGCACUCAUUAAUACAACCACUUAAUUUUCUGUUUCCUGUCAUAUUAGAGAGGGUCAAUUGUAUUGGCAUUACAGCAAAGGGCCAUUACCUUUAAUAUCCACCCCCCCACACACACCCACCCACCCACCCCUAAGUGCUGAUACAAAAAAAACUCAGAAAUUGGUAAAUUUGUAAUUUAUGCUGUUGUCUAUCCAGAUCUUCCAAGCUUUCUUCAAGGACUUCUUGCAAGACUGGGAAUAAGUAAACCUGGUGACACAGAGCAGGAGCCUGAGCACGAGCAAGUUCUUGAAGAAGUUACAUUUGAGGGAAUUGCAAAAUAUAUCCAGACUGAGAAAUGUACGAAAUAUGGAAAUAAUUAA